AGUGGCACUUGGUGUGCCUUAUAAAAGAGUUUAAAGUCCCACUUAAAUUUUUAAUCUAUUUUUUAAUUACACCUUCGCAACUUUCUUGUUUCUUCGUUUUUAUUUACCUAAAUAUCUAUAUUUCAAGUGAGUAGGUUAAUCCCUCUAGCCGCCACCGAGGCAUUGACCAUGGUUAUGAAAAAAGUCCCCGUUUCUGACCCCGGCAGUGCUUCCGCUCCCGGCGGUGCUAGCAUGAUGAAGCUGACUAAAGGCCGGCAAAAGAUUGAGAUGAAGAAAAUAAAAGAAAUCAACAGCCUCCAAGUCGCAUUCUCUAAACGACGAACUGGACUCUUCAAGAAAGCAUCGGAGAUCUGCGUCUUGACCGAAGCCCAAAUCGCCAUCCUCGUUAUUUCCCCCGGUGGUCGUAUCUUUGUGUUUGGCCACCCCAACCCCGACGUCCUGUUUGACUGCUACCCUAACAAUAACAACAAAGAGUACUCCACCACCAACAACACGGCAGCCACCCAGAACUCUACACCACCGCUGCCCAUGGUUAAUUUCAAUCAACAUUACAUCGAGGUUUUAAGGGAGUUGGAGGCCGAGAAGAAGCGGGGAGAGACGAUUCCAGUGAGCAGCGAAGGAUCAUGUUGGUUCGACGAGCCUGUUGAUGGGCUGGAUGUGGAGGAGGUUCAACAAUAUCUUUGUUCGUUGGAUGAGUUGAAGAAGAAGGUUUUGACGAGAGCUGAUGAAGUGACGAUGAUCAACAACUCUUCUGCUGCAUUCGUUGGUUCGAGCAACAACUUUCAGCCGGUGGAUAUUCCUACAAACACCGGAGUUGACGGUGGUUUAAACGUCCAGUACGGUGAAGGUUUUGGGAACCUUUAGAUACAUGCAUUCUGGUAUUCUUUUUAUCAAUUGUUAUAUAUCUCGUAAAUAUUCAGGGUUGAAUCAAUUGUUAGAUAUGGUGAAACUCGACAUGAAUUAGAUUUUUGAAUUCUUAAGCGA